AUGGUCAGUGCUUCUAAGGCGAAACGUGAAGCUAAGCGCGCAGAGAAAGGAAAGUCCAAGAAGAAGGUCGAGGAUGUCGAUGAGGCAACCGCUACUGCCGAAACCAUCGAAAAGCUCAAGCUCCAGCAAGACAAGCAUGGUAUUUCAGAUCGAGUUACAACCGGUGUACUGGCCUCGCUCGCCACAUCCAGAGAUGUCAAGGUCGAAUCAGUUUCUUUGGUGUUCCAUGGUAAGGUUUUGAUCCAGGACUCGACUCUGGAGCUCAAUUUUGGCCGUCGUUACGGUCUGCUUGGUGAAAACGGCUGUGGUAAGUCCACGUUUUUGCGUGCGCUGGCCGCCCGCGAGUAUCCUGUUCCGGAUCUUAUCGAUGUAUACUUGCUGAAUGAGCCUGCCGAGCCCUCUGAAAAAUCCGCAUUGGAGUGGGUUGUUGGCGAGGCCGAGGCUGCCUUAGCUCGUCUUGAGCGCAAGGUUGAAGAGGUUCUUGAAACCGAGGGUCCCGAGUCCCCUCUUCUUGAUGAUUUGCACGAGCGUAUUGAUGAGAUGGAUCCUAGCACUUUCGAGGUCCGUGCGUCCACUAUUCUUUGCGGUCUUGGUUUCAAUGCCAAGACCAUUCACAAGCGCACCAAGGAUAUGUCUGGUGGUUGGAAAAUGCGUGUGGCUCUAGGCAAGGCCCUUUUCGUCAAGCCCACUCUCUUGCUUCUCGAUGAUCCUACCGCCCACUUGGAUCUGGAGGCCUGUGUCUGGUUGGAAGAGUACCUUAAGCGUUGGGAUCGCACCUUGGUCCUGGUUUCUCACUCUCAGGAUUUCCUUAACGGUGUGUGCACCAACAUGAUUGAUCUCCGUAUGCAGCGCAUCCAGAUGUACGGUGGUAACUACGAUUCGUACGUCAAGACCCGUAUUGAGUUGGAGACCAACCAGAUGAAGCAGUAUCAGAAGCAGCAGGAUGAGAUUGCUCACAUUAAGAAGUUCAUUGCCUCCGCAGGUACCUACGCUAACUUGGUUCGCCAGGCUAAAUCCCGUCAGAAGAUUCUGGACAAGAUGGAGGCCGAUGGUCUUAUUCAGGCCGUCGUCCCAGACAAGGUGUUCUCUUUCCGCUUCCCUGACGUCGAGAAGCUGCCUCCUCCUGUCUUGUCGUUUGACGAUGUGACCUUCAGCUACAGCGGCAAUCCCGAAGACAACCUUUACGAGCAUCUCAACUUUGGUGUGGAUAUGGAUUCCCGUAUUGCCCUGGUCGGUCCCAACGGUGUUGGUAAAUCUACUCUGCUCAAGAUCAUGACCGGUGCCCUCCAGCCCCAAUCUGGUCGUAUCUCCCGUCACACCCACUUGAAGAUUGGCGUCUACUCACAGCACUCUGCAGACCAGCUUGACCUCACCAAGUCUGCGCUGGAGUUUGUCCGUGACAAGUUCUCCAGCAUUUCUCAUGACUUCCAGUACUGGCGCCAGCAGCUUGGUCGCUAUGGUCUUACUGGUGAAGGCCAGACUGCUCUCAUGGGCACUCUUUCCGAGGGUCAGCGCUCGCGCGUUGUCUUUGCCCUCCUGGCCAUCGAGGGUCCCAAUAUGAUUUUCCUCGAUGAGCCUACUAACGGUUUGGAUAUUCCCACUAUUGACUCUUUGGGUGACGCCAUCAAUGCUUUCUCUGGUGGUGUUGUUGUUGUCUCGCACGACUUCCGUCUUCUCGAUAAAGUCGCCAAGGACAUCUUCGUUUGCGAGAACAAGACAGUCACCAAGUGGGACGCGCCUAUUCUGGAGUACAAGAAGAAGCUUGCAGCAAAGGUUGUGCUUUAA